UAAAAACAAUUUAGGGUUCAUGAAAGAAGGUCUUAGGGGGGGAAAAGUUCCAAGAUUGUGAAGAUUUCCUCUACAGAACAGGUAAUUCUCUACUCCUUAGGCUAAAAUUUCAAUCAAUGUCUAGUUUAAUUUGCAGAACUUUACACCAUGUAAGGUCAUCUGUUAGAGCUUGUUCAUCUACUUACAAUAAUCUCUAUUUCAUUCAAAUCCACACAUUUUCAUCAUCAUCACUCGAAACGACUCCAAAUCAACACUCAUUCGCAGUGAAUUACUUCAUAAACUCGUGUGGGUUUCCUCUAGAAAAGGCUCUUUCAGCAUCAAAUUAUGUCAAAUUUGAAACUCCAAACAAACCUGACUCUGUCCUCGCAUUCUUCGAGAACCACGGCUUCACCAAAACCCAGAUCUCAAAUCUCGUCAGGAGGUAUCCUCCGGUAAUCUUAUGUGAUCCGGAGAAAACCCUUUUGCCCAAAUUUCAGUUCUUCAAGUCUAAAGGUGUUUCGAGCACUGAUGUUGCCAAAAUACUAUCUUCAGCUCCAGCUGUUUUAAAAAGAAGCAUGGAAAACCAAAUAAUCCCAUCUUUCAAUUUCUUUAAAAGUUUUAUACAAUCCGAAGAGGAGACAAUCUCUGCUAUUAAACGCAAUGCUGGGCUUCUUUUAGUUGAUCUUCAAAAUUGUGCAUUACCCAAUGUUGAAAUUUUGAGAGAAGCCAAUGUGCCAGAUGCAAAAAUUUUGUUCAUGUUAAAGUUCAUGCCUAGAGCAUUCAUUUUGACUAGUGAUAGGCUUAGAAAGAUUGUGAAUGAGGUAAAGAAAAUGGGUUUUAAUCCUUCGAAAUCAAAUUUUGUGUUAGCGGUUCAUGCAUUGAAGUCAAUGAGUAAAUCAACUUGGGGGAAGAAGGUUGAGGUUUAUAAGAAGUGGGGCUUGUCUGAGGAUGACAUUCUUGUGGCUUUUGGGAAGUAUCCAUGGUGUAUGAUGGCGUCCGAGCAUAAGAUCGUGAGAGUGAUGGACUUUUUUGUCAAUAAAAUGGGUUGGAGGUCUUUCCUUGUUGCAAGAAGGCCGUGGUUUAUUUCAAUGAGUUUUGAGAAGAGGAUUGUUCCAAGGUGUGCAGUUUAUCAAGUUUUGUUGUCGAAAGGUUUGAUUCAGAACAAUGAUAUUACCUUGGCAACUAUGCUGAAGUAUACUGAAAAGGUUUUCCUAACAGAGGUUGUCAACUGUCAUCAGGAAGAAGCUCCUGAGCUAUUGAAAUUGUAUAAGGAAAAAUUGGCUGUUACAAAGUAAUUAUGGGUAUAAGGAUGAGUGUGGACUGGUUAAGGAUGCCUUCCUUUGAUACUGACUCAACAUACAGUUGCCCUAUUCUUUUGCUUCUUGUAAUUAAGCUCUGUUUAUUGAAUUAUCUCAUUGUGAAUACAUGGAGGCCAUGAAUUAAAAAUUGUCAUAUGUAGGCAAGUUUGAGUUCUCUUUUUCACUCUGACAAAUGAGAUUUGAAGUUCCACAUCGCUGCAUUGAAUUCUGCCAUUUUGUUGUGGUUGAGACUUGAAGCAGUGUACCAUUAUAUGUUCAUCCGGUAAAUUACAUAUAGAUAUGUAAAUAUAUCUAUAUCUCUACAUAUGAAUGGAUUUAGUUUAUGCAUUACCCUAUUGUUUGUGCACAGGCUACCUAUUUACUUUUUUAAGGUUUACAUUGGUUCCACAUAUUCAUGAUGGCUGCUCCAGCUGUGAGUGCUCGUGCUGGUUACAAUUGCCUGAUUACGCUUCUUGUUGGCAACAAUGAUCAGAUUAUUUUUCCCCUUUUUGUAUUCAAUUUAUAAUCAAGUUUCAAAUUGACAAAUUAUAACUUUUUUGGAUUUUUUUUUCCUCUUGGGUAUCAUUUUGAUGUUCCAUUUUACAUAUUCAUUUGGCCAUUUGUUUUGGUAUAACUAGUAUUAUUAAUAGUGACAUUAACCCUCUGUUUGGAUUGAGGGAUUUGAUUAGAUAGAAAAGACGGAUUGAGAGAUUUGUGUUCAAUUUGAGCUAGAUAAUUUUGGUUUUAUACUCUCUGUAUGCACACUAAAUUUGAAUUUUGUUUCCCUUUUUUGUUGGGUUUGAAAACUACUGAAUAGAACUCAUUCAGUGAAGCACUGUCAGAGUAGCCUUGAAAAAUAUAAUGGCGAUAUAUACUUGUGCUGGCACUUGCAUGGUGUGGUGCACAUCCUGAUUUCCUUGCUCGGUGAUUUGUUGUAAAAAAAUCUUAAUGGCAGGUAUCCUAACUUAGCUAUCAUCAUGCUUGUACAUCUUAGAAACUUGAGCCUGUUGGAGGAUGAAAGUUGAAGGAUGAUGUUUCAUAGAUAUUUAGCAUUAAAAUUUGAGGGAAGAUGAUGAUGACGACGACGAUGACGAUUAUGAUGAUGAUGUUUGGAUUGCUGAAUAUUGUUGAAGAGUGGGAGAAUAUGAAGUCUUCAACAGAAUCCCAGCAUGUUUUUGGAUUUUCUUCUAUAGAACAAUCCUGCUGAUUACAAUCUAUUUUCCAAAUAAUUCUAUUAUGGAAGACUAUUUGAACCAUUCACCCUCUUGUCUUCUUCAAUUGGUCAAUCAAUAAGUGCAGUGUGGGGAAGAGAUGUUGAAUCGGAUGGAAUAUGAAAUGUACAAUUUUGCUUUUGAGUGUGUGUGCGCGCGCGCGAGAGAGAGUGAGAGAGAGAGAGAGAGAGAGUUUAUGUUAUUGCUUUUUGUUAGUUGAAAUUUUUGUUAAUUCAUACUUUGUGUGGAUAAAUGCCCCCCAAAUUGAAAUCA